AUGGGCGGUUUCUACAUUCAGUACCUGGAGAGCCUCUGCCGGCGCCGUGGGUGGCAUGACCCGUUGUAUGAGUCGUACCGCGAAGGCGACGGCUACACAUGCCUGGUCUUGGUCAAUGGGCGCGAGUACCAGACGGACCUUGCAUACGAGUCCAGGUCUCUAGCCGAGGAGAACGCAGCCAUGCGUGCCUUUAUGGUCUGCCGGAACUUCUCGGUCAAUGGGGGCAUGCUGGCCCGCAAUGGCAUCGUCCAGGGCCUGCCCGCGGAUGAAUCCAGCCGCAAGGCCAGGAAGAACAGCCGUCAUGCGUCUUCCUCCAAUCACGGACACAGGAGCAGAUCUGGCCAUCAUUCCAGCAGCAGCUCGACCACCUCUCUAGAGUGA